UGGAGGAUAUUUUACAAAAACUUCAUGAUUGCUUUAAAGACAAGCUUAACCCAGUAACAGUCCCUGCUGCUAGAGGUACACAUUGCCUGAGUGCCCCCACUCACCUUAAUUUGGAAAACAAUACUCAUGAGGAAGAUAAAGAGGAGCAUAAGAAUGGCUCAAUAAACACUUCAAUGGGUCCAAAAUCUUCUGAACAGGAGGAGUACCAGAGCGUCUUAAAGGUCCAAGGAUGAUAGUCAAGGUUAAACUCGACCAGGCCUUAACAUACCAACAGUGGCUGGAUGAUAAGGAAACCCCCUUCGUGUUUACAAUGCUGGAGCCCCUGGCUUUCUGUUACAAGAAAAAGAGAAAAGAUCGCUCAUCAAGAGAUCAGAAUAGCCCCAAGGAUGAAUUCUAUGAAACUAAAGAUGCACUGAGAGGAAUAAACUUGGCUGAUUUCAAGAUAAACUGCUACUUUAAGUACCCUGAGCAUAUGUCAAAAUUCAAAUACAACCUGAUGAGCAACUUACCAGAGAAGAAAAGAGAUCAGAAGUCGCUCUCCAAGCAAACAGACUCAGAGUUAGCUGGAAGCCAAGAAAUCUACUGUGCUGCUAAGAUCUACAGUAAUUCGUUCCACGAUCAAGAUUCCCCGGACUCAUCUGCUAAGAUCUACAUUACGCUACAAAACUCUAAAAUUGCUGGUCUGAAGCAACUCCAUUUCUCAGAUCCUGAGACUAAGACAGCACAGUAUACCAGAUUAGGGAUGCUAGAAGGCAUUGGCUCUGUGAUUCCACUGCAUAGACCUCCCAUGGUCACAUACCUCACCAACUGUUCUUGGCUGGCUCCUCCAGAAGUAGUGAAAUUUCCCCAAAACGCACUAAAAAGAAUUAGAGGGAUCCAAAAUCUUGAUUUUGAGGAGGAAACUGGCAAGAACUCUGAAAUUCCUGAGAACCAAGAACCUGCAAAACCAAAAUCGAAGCCAGCACCAAAGCCUGAGAUUGACUACAACAAGUAUGAAUUCUAAGAUUUCAACGGGGAA